GACAAGCCACCUAAAGUGAAAAUGAAAUCCACUGUUGUCAAGGCAACGUUUGUCAACAAGCCUGUGACUGUCCUGAGCAUUUCCGGUUUCUGGAAGAGACGCAUCAAAGCGAAUUGCAGUCGGCUUUUCCGCAAAAUGUCUGAUUUAGCGAAAGAGAAAGCAGCACGUCUGCUGAAGAAACGUGGAAGUGUGUCUUCUCUGGGCAGUCAUGAAGUCAGAGCUAUGACCUUUGGCAGAAAAAAGGACUCUAUCAGCACUGUGUCCUACAUGGAAGAGCCUGGACAUCAUGAUGAUAUUCCACGACCUACAGUGCCAAUGGAGAACACCUAUCGGCUCACCCCCGCACGACGUUUCCCAGUGAUAACAGUCAAAGACAUUCUGAAGGAUGUGUUGACCAGCUAUCUGCAGGAGGAGAAAUAUGAGCCCGAGUUGUGCCGGCAGAUGACCAAAACAAUCUCUGAGGUUGUCAAGGCCAGGGUUAAAGAAUUGAUGAUUCCCCGCUAUAAGUUCAUAGUCAUCAUCAGCAUUGGUCAGAUCAGAGACCUGAACAUCCGUAUGGGGAGCAGAUGCCUGUGGGAUGAGACACGUGACAAUUUCUCCUCGCAUACUUUCAAAAACAGCUCGCUCUUUGCCACCGCGACUGUCUAUGGUGUCUAUUUUGAAUGAGCCUGUAAGAAUAGACUUUAGUCAGGGUUGUGCCGUAUUUCAUUUUUACAGGAAUGAAACCGAGGCAUUCAAUGGAUUGUUCCGUUGUUUAACAACAUACCGAUUGUUCAGCUUUCCAAAAAAGUUUCAGUAGACAAAAACUC